CACACUCUAGAAAAUAACCACAACAAGGUCAUUGAUGCAUUAGUUUGUGAUUCAUUUGUUUAAUGAAACCAUUGAGUCUCCAGUAUAAUUUGUUUACGUUAGAUUCACCAAGCGCAGAGGACUUGUGGAGGAUCCUGCAGGAAAAAACUCAGCAGCGUUUGAGAGAUGUUUGCCGUGAACAAGCCAACCAAAAUGGGAUUAAUACGGUAAAACCACUUGGAUAUUUUCAGCCAUUCCGUCAGAAUUGUCUGUUGUAGAUAGUAGAUAAAAAGAUUGGCCAUCAAAGGUGCAGAUUUACCCCCAAGGAAAUGAAUCGAUGGCACUGUAGAUGCUGAUUAACACAAUUUCCCAUGAUGCUCAGAUAACUAAAAAUUUGAAAGGGAUUAUUGAGUCGAAGGGCAAACUCAUUUAAAAGGUUCAGGACAUUAUCUUUUAGACCAGAUGAGUAACUCAGCUGAUAUAUUAAGCAUUUCCAAUGCUACUUAGUGUGUUCCACAGAAUGCACAACAUUCUUAAUGCAAGUAUUUUAUUGCAUUAGUCAUCUUUAGGCCACCAGCUCAUGAGAAAAUGUUGUACAUGUCUGUGUGAAAUAAACUGACACCCCUGGUGUGUCCCUUGUUUUGUUUUCUGUUUUUGAAUUUCCGUUUGUUUGUUUCUGUCUUUAAGGCCAAUAUCUUCAAAAGCUUUGUUCAGAGACCUGUUAUGAAGAAGGUGUCAAAGAAGAAACAUGAUCUUCUGUAUAUCAGACAAGCAAACGAAUUUCAUCAGGAUUUAACUAUUCUCCUUCUCAAUAUUAACCCAUUGGACCUGGAGAACAGUCAGAGAGAACAAGAUUUUUCAAGAUACCUUCAUUCAGAUCCAUUUAGAGAAAGAUCUAAAUUUAGUAGUAGGGAGUGGUUGCAAAAUAGAGGCCACAAUAAUAAAACUGGAAAUAAAUUAUCCUGAAUUGUUGAGUAAACAGUUCCUUAGACAUGUGACUUACUAAAGAUUGUCACAUUCCACAAGACUCUGGGGAUUGUUACUGCAGUUUGUAUUAGCAGCAAUAUCUUUUGAAGAACAAUUGGCAAAACUAAAUGUAAUACCCCAAGUGUCCAUUAGAUGGCAGCAUGAUAUAAAAUGUUAAUUGAACCUUUGUAAGGCCUCUUAAAAUCUGGGCAAUGUAUUCAUGUGUGUAAUCAAAGCAUAAACUGACAUUUAUUUCUUUAUCUCACUCACUAUCUUAUAAAAAAAAGUUAAUACCCAGGAUAUGCCCAGACAAAUAUAACAUUGUUCAUGAAAUCAUAAUCAUUGACCAUCUAAAAAAGUGCAAAGAAAAAUAUAAUGAUUUCUGUUAUAUGUGCUAUUUCUGUGGGAUGCUAAUUUCUAGCAAUUUAUAGCAGGGAUUUGCAUGCCUGGCAACUUUUUUAAUGAACAAAAAGGGACAAUUUCAUUUUAGGGGUAUGAGUAAGACUGUGACCAGGGGUGGUCAGGUUAGAAAACAUUUGUUGACUUAUUAAUAACAUAUGCAACUAAAAUUUAAUUUAAAAAGAACAAUGUGCACCUACAAAAAGCUAUAGGCGACUUCAUAUGGCAAAACCACCGCCAUAGAAUUUCCAGGAACAUUUCAUAUAGACAGAAGCAAAGGGGGG